AUGCAAAAUGCAUGUCGGAUAAGUUUAAUAUGUCUAUUGGUUGUCGUGCAAACCGCUCACCUCUAUUCGCUUCGAGACCAUUUCGAGGACACUCUCGCCGACGAUGAUGUGCACGCGGUGAACCGCAAAAAGCGGAUGAUGUCCGACGAAGACAAACAGAUCGUCGACUAUUACAUGGACAAAUUGAAUGAAUUGGCUGAUGAGAAACAUCCGCAGACAAUAGAAACGCCGUUUGCGACAAAUUCGAAAAUUGCCCGAGAAUGGCUGCAACAGCGUCGGCGGGAUAAUGUGUUGAAUCCCGAGGAAGGCGGAAAAUAUUUUCAAGGAGAUAUCGUGCUGUUUCCUGAACAAGCAAAAGCUUUAUAUGAGAGAGCGGUGAUUGAAGGAAAAUCUCGAGUGAAAAGAAAGUUCAUUGGAUCAAAUCUUCGUCGUUGGGAUGCUUCGAGACCAAUUAUCUAUUCAUUUGAUGGAUCUCACACUCAAAGGGAGCAACGAAUAAUCGAGCUUGCUCUUGAGCACUGGCACAAUAUCACUUGUCUCAAUUUCCAACGCAACGACAAUGCCGUCAGCGGAAACAGAAUUGUAUUCACCGAUGUCGAUGGAUGCGCGAGCAACGUGGGCAGACAUCCAUUGGGUGAGGAGCAGCUUGUCUCGCUUGCUCCCGAGUGUAUUCGACUGGGUGUGAUUGCACACGAGGUAGCUCACGCUCUCGGGUUUUGGCACGAACAAUCGCGACCAGAUCGAGAUCAAUACGUGACUGUCCGUUGGGAGAACAUUGAUAAGGAUUCGAAAGGACAGUUCCUCAAGGAGGAUCCUGAUGAUGUCGACAAUGCCGGAGUACCUUAUGAUUACGGUAGCAUCAUGCAUUACAGAUCAAAAGCAUUUUCCAAAUUCGAUGAUUUGUAUACGAUCAGUACUUUUGUUACCGACUACCAGAAAACUAUAGGUCAACGCGAUCAGCUCUCCUUCAAUGACAUACGCCUUAUGAACAAAAUCUAUUGUGGAGGUGUGUGUCCGAACAAAUUGCCGUGCCAAAGAGGUGGCUACACGGAUCCGAGAAGAUGCGACCGCUGUCGAUGCCCCGAUGGAUUCACCGGACAAUUGUGCGAGCAGGUGAUGCCCGGAUAUGGAUCGACGUGCGGUGGAAUGAUCCGAUUGACACGAUCGACAACACGCAUCUCGUCGCCAGGAUAUCCGCGCGAGUUCAAGGAGGGCCAAGAAUGCUCGUGGCUGCUCGUUGCACCUCCCGGUCACAUCGUCGAGUUCCAGUUCAUCGGAGAAUUCGAAAUGUAUUGCAAGGUUCGGCAUUCAUUGUGCAUGGACUAUGUCGAGGUUCGCAACUCGACAGACUUCGCCAACACCGGAAUGAGAUAUUGCUGCUACGGAACGCCACCAACUCGGAUUCGCUCAGCGACCACCGAUAUGGUUGUGUUGUUCCGAAGCUUCUAUCGCGGCGGCAAAGGAUUCGAGGCGCGCGCGCGAGCAGUUCCAGAGGCGGGUAGCUGGAAUGCGUGGAGUCCAUGGACGGCGUGCAGCGCCUCGUGUGGUGCAUGCGGAAGUCGAAUGCGAACCCGCACGUGUCCCCCCGGAAAUGCAUGCGCCGGGGAACCAGUAGAAACGCAGGUUUGCAAUACACAAGCAUGUACGGGUAUGUGCGCGCAGAAGCGGGAAGAGGAAGGACAAUGUGGAGGAUUCCUUUCCCUUUUGCGAGGCGUCCGUUGUAGGCAGGAAAAGACAGUCAUGGCACCUUGCGAAAAUGCGUGCUGCCCAGGUUUUACAUUGUCACGUGGACGCUGUGUUAGUGGGUACAAAAUGGUUGGAAAGAGAAACCUCCCAGUCAUCAGCAGAAACUUCGACCUCUCCCCCGGAGUGUCUCGCUUCUCAACUGCUCGUCUUCGUUUGAAGCGCAACCAAAAGAAGCCACUUGUUCAGAAGCCAAAAAGCGAGAAAUCCCUUUCGCUUCAACGCGAUGGACAGAAGUUCAAACUUGGACACGCCAAGAGAGUUCCACUCCGCAAGUCUUUGACACCAGGAACAGUUCUCAUUGUCUUGGCUGGACGUCAUAAGGGAAAGAGAGUUGUGUUCCUUAAGCAGCUCGAGAAGUCUGGACUCCUCCUUGUUACUGGACCACACAAGAUCAACGGAUUCCCACUUAGAAGAAUCGCUCAGGCAUUCGUUAUCGCCACUUCCUUGAAAAUCGACGUCUCUGGAGUCAAAAUCCCAGAUCACAUCAAUGACGAUUACUUCAAGAAGAGAACUCAGAGCACCAAGGGAAAGGAUAUUUUUGCCCAAGGAAAGACCGAAUACACCGUCACCGAGCAGAGAAAGAAGGAUAUCAAGACCGUUGAUACCCCAAUCCUUGCCGCUAUCAAAAAGAACCCAGACCACAAGUUCUUGUUCGGAUACCUCGGAACCAGAUUCUCCUUGGGAAAGAACCAAUAUCCACACAACAUGAAGUUCUAA